AUGACCGGUGGAUUUAUGCGACUGCACAUAACCCCUUUUUCUCCCGACUUACUUCAUGCCGUGGUCGGCCCAAACCUACUCAGUACAGUCUCGAACAUAUCCUAUCACACGAUCCAAACGUUUCCAGAAAACAACUACGGCUACCUGGAACUCCCAACGAUGGAAGCAGAGAAGGUCAAGAAGAAACUCCAUGGCACCAUAUUGAAGGGUAAGAAGAUGAAGAUUGAAGAGGCGCGACCUAAGAAGCGCAGGCGUGUUGAAGAGGCCGUGGAAGAACCUGCAAAAGAUGGAACUAUCACGGGAGCAAAGAAAACCAAGAAGGAUCGCAAUGUCAUUUCAGGACACGAGCUGCCCUUGGAUCGCAAAGUAAAGCGCGGCUGGACCGAGUCGAGCUCCACGAUAUCUGGCAAAAUGAGCAAAGGCAAGAAGCCGUCUUCGACCUCAAAAUUUUCGGACAAGAAUGAGCUCUUGUUUCGGACGAAAUUACUUCCAAAUAAGGCCGAACCUGUGUCAGCAGCCAGAAAAGGCAAGGGCAAAAAGAAAAAGAGCAAUGAUGAGUACGUGGUGCACGAAUUUGAGAAGUCAACAAUUCAACCAUCCUUUCUCAGAGAAGACGUUGGAUGGUGUAUCAAGGGAAAUCUCGAAUAUGUUGAGGGGCAAGGAUGGAUUGAUGAGACCGGCCGGACUGUUGAGAAGGAGAGCGAGCGCAUUCUGAAGAAACGUGAGGCAAUGAAAUCGGCAAACAAUACCAAUCGACAAGAAGCAAAGCAUCCCGAUCAAGACUGCGGCGUGUCCACAUCAUCCAAUGAUGACGAUGAUGAAGAGAAAAGUGAUCAAGACCUACAAGAGACUAGGCUCCCCCCCGCUGAGGCGGAUGAUGAAACGAGCAGCUCUGGCUCCAGUUCGGAUUCUCCAUCCGACUCAAAGUCAGAUGUGGAGACAGGGGCAAGUGCAUCAGAAAGGGAUAGAGCCUAUUCAGCUUCUGCAAGCGACGACAAACCGAAUAGAGAACCAGAUGUUCAUCCUUUAGAGGCUCUCUUCAAGAAGCCGAGCAAACCGACCUCACAGGACAUCGCAAAACCGACCCUGGAAGUAACGACAUCAUUCUCGUUCUUUGAGUCUGGGAACAAUGAUGAUAUCGAUGAAGACACUAGUAUUCCAGGCACGCCCUUCAGUUCCCAGGACCUACGCAUGAGAGGACUGCGAAGCGCUGCACCCACACCUGAUACAGCGCAUCCGAGCCGAUUCAACGGCUAUGGCAGUUCGUGUCUGCCAGGAGAUGACGAACUGGAAGAAGAUGGUCACGAUCAGGACGCAGAAGCAGCUCCCAGUGACCAAUCUAAAGGGUACCAACCGCUCAGUGAGACGCCAUCUCGGAAGCAAAGCGAAUUCGAGAAGAAGUUCUGGGAGAAUCGAGCAGACAACAAUCGAGCCUGGAAGUUGAGGAGGCGGACUGUGUUGAAGGAGAAAAGACAACGCCAGAACAAGUCGCAAAGGCCAAAGAACUGGUAG